AGUGGAGAAGACAACAGACAUCCCUACGGCUGAGUUUUCUCUUGUAGAGGAUGUGGCCCUGCACUUUACCUGUUUGAUGGACAGGCUGAACGAGCAACGCCUCUUCCAGCCCGACCUCUGUGACGUGGACAUUGUCUUGGUGCGCCAGUGCAGCACCUUUCCUGCCCACAAGGGAGUGCUGGCAGCCUAUAGCCCAUUCUUCCAUUCCCUGUUUGCCCAGAGUAAACAGCUGCGGCGUGUAGACCUGUCCUUGGAUGCCCUCACCUCCCAAGGCUUGCAGCAGAUCCUCAACUUCAUCUACACCUCCAAGCUGCUGGUGAGCAGCCGCACUAUCCUCGACGUGCUUGAUGCAGCCACGCUGCUGCAGAUGAGCGACAUUGCAGCCUCCUGCCACAACCUCAUCAGCAGCCACUCACUGAGGGCAGCAGCUGCUGGACCUGUAGACAUAUCAUAUCAAGAGGGGUUGGGAGCCACUGUGGUGACACCCUCUAGUCAGAGGUACAGAGAGAUCAAGCAGGAGACAGGAUUAAGGCGGGUAUACACACGGCAGGGGAGCAGUCUGUUCUCGGUGAGGGUGGAGGACGGGCUUGUGCAGGCAUCUCAACACCACGCAGUCUCCCUAGCCAAGCAGGUCUACAAGGAGGAAGGCCUGGUGGGCAGACCAGGCUCUGGAGGAAGGGGCUUCUGUAAGAUGGAUGAGAGUGGGAAGGAGUCUGAGGCCUCUGAUGGCCACACCUCCUUCAACAGGCAGCAAAUCAUUGUGGAGGUCAACCUCAAUAACCAGACACUCAAUGUUUCCAAAGGGUCAGAGGGCAAAGCUACCAUUGCCACUGAAACCACUCAUAUGUUCCCUCAUGGCCACGAUGAGGAGAGGGAUUCAGUGGAAGAGGAGGAUGAGAACGAGUAUGAUGGGGAGGAAGAUGAAGGCGCCCCCAGAGAAGAGGACAUUGAAGACAGCGAAGAAGAGCAAGAUCAAGAAGAUGAGAAAGAAGACAACAAUCUUAACAUUCUAGGAGUGGAGCAUGCCACGAGGAAGAGGCCUUGUUGGGGGACUAGGUCUCUCAUAAUUUCCGCCGAAGACACCUCUGCCUUAAUGCGGCCAAACCUUGACAGCGCCAUGCCCAGUAGUCGGCGCCGGGGGCUUAAGAGAAAGCUGGAUAUGGAAAGUGUGGGCCAGAAGGUGAGGUUGGAAGAGAAGCAACACUUUCCUUGUAAGAAGUGCCCCCGUGUCUUCAACAAUCGCUGGUACCUGGAGAAGCACAUGAAUGUGACACACAACCGCAUGCAGAUCUGCAACAAGUGUGGCAAACGUUUCCUACUGGAGAGUGAACUUCUCCUGCACCACCAGACCAACUGUGAGAAGAGCAUACAGUGUGUGACAUGUGGUAAGGUCUUCAAAAAGCUCUGGUCCCUCCAUGAGCACAACAAGAUUGUGCAUGGCUACGCAGAGAAGAAAUUCUCCUGUGAAAUCUGUGAGAAGAAGUUCUACACCAUGGCGCAUGUCAGAAAACACAUGGUCGCUCAUACCAAGGAUAUGCCGUUUACCUGUGAGACAUGUGGGAAGUCGUUUAAGCGUAGCAUGUCUCUGAAAGUACAUUCUCUCCAGCACUCCGGAGAGAAGCCUUUCAAGUGUGAGAAUUGCAAUGAACGUUUCCAAUAUAAGUACCAGCUGCGCUCCCACAUGAGCAUUCACAUCGGACAUAAGCAGUUUAUGUGCCAGUGGUGCGGCAAGGAUUUUAACAUGAAGCAGUACUUUGAUGAACACAUGAAAACUCACACUGGAGAGAAGCCAUACAUCUGCGAGAUUUGUGGCAAGAGCUUUACCAGCCGGCCUAACAUGAAACGCCACCGUCGCACACACACAGGCGAGAAGCCGUACCCCUGUGAGGUGUGCGGCCAGCGCUUCCGCUUCUCCAACAUGCUAAAGGCCCACAAGGAGAAGUGCUUCCAGGUCAGCAACCCAAUGGUGGUAUCUGAUGCUGAUGCCCCAGGCCCGGACCAAUCCUCUGCCCUGGUCAUCUUGGACCCUGCUACAAUUGGUCAGGUUACACUGGGAUUGGUGGAUUCCGUGACCACGCCCAUUGCUGCAUCAGCCACUAUGCACCACACCUCUCCCUUGCCCCUGCCCCUUCCCCACUUCCCCACUCCUCCACCCUUGUUCUCAACUGGUCAGAUGAAUUCCAAGAACUAGUGGAAAAUGUAAUCACCUAAAGCACUUAGUGUGUAUCCCUGUCUCAAAAAUGUUGGAUCCUGGACAGCGCAAAACGAGUCACGCGAGAAGUGUAACGCGAUGCACACCUGUUAUAUGGUAAGAAGGAAACGCUACAGGAAAUGCUUUACUUGAACAGGGUCUUCAUGAGGAUUUAUAACACCUUUAUGAAACCAGUUGUUACAUCUUCAUGUGUGUGGAAGUGUAAUAUAUAUAUAUAUAUAUAAGCCACAUGUAUUAUAUGAAAGCUAAUAUAUUUAUUUAUCUAAGAAUGAAUCUGAAAAGUUCUAUAAGUUUUUUUACUGUCAUUGUAAUCAAAACAUACACACAUUGUUACAAUCUUAAGCUUUAAAAAUGAAAUCUACCAAUAACUGGCCUGCCCCUUUUUUUCAAAACGUUGUGUAGAUUCUGCUUCCAAUAACAUUUUUAUAAUAUUGUGUUAUGAAUGCUAUGAAUGAUACAUUAGAGAACUUGUGAAGAUGUCAUGAGUGUGUUCGUAAGGUUUUAUGAACACUUAACAAGGCCCCCACCCAAGUAAAGAUUAAGGCUUCUGACCGAGGUGGUCCUGGAGAGCAUACUUGUGGCUUGCUGAUGGCUGACUUCUAGUGUCAUACAGUCAAUGCCAUAAAAAGUGUCACAUUUGGCCAUAGCCAUGCCACGGCCAACCAACAGAGGGCAGUAUAAAGUAAUUAGCCAUGUUUUGGAAUGGUGGCUUAUUAAUGGCUUAUUUGUGUAAUUAAUUAAAGAGCUAAUUGUAGUAACAUAAAUAUGUUGUGGUUCCUAACUUACACCCAUCCUCUUGUAUCAUAGCGAACAUCAAAUAAUCUCAGAAUCAUGUAGGAUAUAUUUCUAUUUAUUUUGUUACUAGAAGUCUGUUAUUUCACUUGAAUUUCCUGAAUCACAGACACUUUCGUGAAGAACAACAUAUUAGUUUGAGGCCUUUACUUCAGCCAACUCUUUCCCCCAAAAAUUGGGGGUUGUUUAUUUCAAAGCUUAGGUUGCCAAGGUGUCCAUGACGGAGGGUUGUGUGUGUCCUGGGCUGAAUAGGUUCUCUCUGUGAUGUAUGGAACCUGGGGUGGUUGUUUACCUUACCUGCUCUGAUGGAGGGCUGUGCUGUGAGAACUCAGGCAGACUUUUCUUUUUUGUCUGACUUCUUUCUUUUCCUCCCUUACAGUCUCCUCUUCUCCUAACCUACUGUAUCCAGAACUCAGUGGCUCACGUUGUUCAGCUACCAAGCAAAACCUGCUUCUUUGGAAUAGAACCACAUUAAUUAUUUGAUUUGACAAUUACUAAAUAUGUAGCGUGUGGUUCUGAUCUUUUCUACCAUUAACCAAAUGCAGAUUUGUCUUUGAAAAUAUGUACGCCCUUGCCAAUAACCAAACUAUGUGAGCUUCACAUGCUUAUUGUUGGAAAAUAGACAGCAUUUAUAAUCAACCAUGCACCUUAUCUUAACCCUAUUUGUAUUUAAGACAUACUCAAUGAUGGUUUGUGUAAUAAUGUGUGAUAUGUCAUCUGUUUGGUUUUUCCAGUGGCCUAAUUAAUUUGUCUGUUGUGCAGUGCACUGGUGAAUGCGGUGUGUGAUGACGUGUGUGUGUAUGUUUGUGAUGUAUGUAGUUAAAAGGGGUCUGUGUGCUGUGUAAAAGAAGUCAACAGGAUUGUCCAAUCCACAAUCUGUCAGUGGCCAGACUGGAGUACAGAGCUGGAGGGAGAUAUUGUUGACUGAUGCUUCCAGCUGACCAAUUACUAUCCUCUUUACUUAGUAUGUACAGAAUUAUUGCACUUUCUGUUUUAAUUAAAUUAUAUUGUACUGAAUUAUUUUAGUAGAUAGUCAGAGUAUGUUGUAGAUAUAUCUUGAUUCUGAUUCUUCAUUCUAUUCCAUAUCCAAAAUAUCAGAGUCUAAAAGAGAAAAAGUCCUGCGCCCCAAUGUCCUCUCUUUGCUAGGUAUCAUGUAUACUGUUAACUCGGCAUAUAGAUAUUCUAACAGGUGUUCUCAAAUUUGUCUCUGGGAUCUUUCUACCCAUAAGUUUGUUUACAUUCGGAUGAGAGUCAAAUGAAUGUGUUACCCUAUGUAUUCUUGUUGGUACAAUUGAAAGUCAUUGUAAGUGGUGGGUUAGAGUUAGUAUAAAUAAUAACAUGUCAAAUGUUUUUAUUCUGUACAUUAAUCUUUAAGCACCUUUGUGUACAGUUGCCUAUGUGAGCUCAUCCCAACUAGGUAUGUAUAUUGUUACUUGCCAUGGUGAAAUAGUAGAUCAACUAAUGUGUCGUCAAGGUACUUUUUAGGAUUCUCUUUGUUGAUUCCUGAUUUGCCUUCUUUUGAAUAGGAUUGAGUUAGAAACAACCCGUGAAAGACAAGGUUUGUAGCUGUUGUGGGUUUUCAAUAUGUCCAUAUGUUUUGUCCAGGAUACCAGAUUCUGGCUGUAUAACCAAUAGGUUAUUUAUGGUCAUGUCCAGAAACAACUUCCUCUUCACAGUACUCAUGAGCUCUUAAUAGGGUAACUCUUAAUUUGAUAUGUGUAAGCAUAACUGGGAGGCACUUGUAGCCAUAUUGCUUUAAACAAUCUAAUAAUUAAAGAUGCACAAUUUUCCUGAAGGCAUGAGGUUGAUUCAUGCCAAGGCUUCAUAGCAGCCUUUCAGUACUUCAAAGAUUUCUGACGGCUGUAGCCCCCUUGUUGCUUUGUAGCACACUGAGUUCCUUAGGGAAUCCUCAUUGUAAAGGAGCUUCCCUAAAUCAAAUGUGUACGUUCUCCAGAACGUCCAUAACGUAAGCCCGUCAUUGUGAAGACAUCAAGUUGAUUGCUAUAAGAUUACAUAUUGUGACAGGAUUCAAUCAAGGACUUUUGUGAGAUACUUUGAGGGGAUAAUAAAAAGUCAUUGUGAAAGUAUUAUUUUGCCUUAAAUUAACAGAUGUUAACUGGAAUUUAAUGUUAACAGUUGACAGUGAAGGGAAUCAUUGAUUUGGAAGAGAAUGGUAGUGGUACUACUGAGAUACUUUGAACAAUAUUUGCACUUUGAAUUAUAUUUUUCCUAUGGCAUAAUGGGCGAAAUAUUGACAAUGUUGACAAAACGAGCCGUAGAGAUUAUAUCAAUAAACUGGUAGAGAGUUACUGAGCCCCAGAGGUAGAUAUAUAUAUUUUUAAGUAUUUCGUGGCCAUGAUUGAUUAAAUUGUGCACACAACACGGGGAGAUAUUCAUAAAAUGUAAAUACAUAAAACGAGGGAACGAUUGAACUAAAACAAGGAAAUGAAUUAGUAAAACGUGCGCACUAUUUAAUUACAACAAGGAAAACGAAUAAGUAAAACAUGCGCACGAUUUAAUAAAUUGUGGCCACAAAAUAAAAUGUAUUUUUUUAUAUGUCACCUCCCGGGCUCCGUAGAGAGAAGCGCUUAACCCACCAUUUGUCGUUGAAGUAAUUAAAAUUACACAAACAUAAAUACAUGUAAUUUAUGCUAACUAUUCGUAGAAGAUGUUACUUAAACACAAACACAUUGGUUAUUAAAUGAAAUUAAUAAUGACAUUGUAGCUAUUUUGGCUACCAGUUUUCUGUGUAAAAAGCUAUUUAAAGUAGGAUUUUACCAUCUGAACAUCAGCACAUUUUCUAAAAAGAUGAUCUGACCUGUUUACUUAACAGAAGGCCUGCUGUGGAUCAACACUCAGUAGAGUAAGAUUUGCUUCCACUUGUUUGUAAUGCCAUCUGUUAGGAAUAUGUUGAGCUGUGCCCUGGUUAAUGCUGUGCAUGGAGUGUGAUGGAGUUUUCAGCAAAAAGAGAUGAGAAAAUGUUAACUAUUUGCAGCCACUUGAGUUUGCCAAGGGUAAAAUGUCCACUUUACCAGUUUUUUUUAUUUAUUAAGUCUUUGUGCCAUGUCUCUGAGAAUACACUUUCACAAUUGAUCUCUCUUUAAGCACCCUUUCCAUAAUCAGAAUUAUUUAUAUAAUAUAUCUGAAGAAGGUGGUUUUGCUCUUUGUUGCCACCAGGUGUCAAUAUUGAUUCCCAGAGCUAGAGCUAAGAUAACAAUAUGAGCUAAUAUUGUCUUUCUUUCUACAUGUUGUAUCAGAGGUUGUGAAGAACUUGCUGGUUGCCAGAUUAGUAAAAAGCUUUGGAUUUUUGUGAACACUUUACACACAUGAAGGAAGAUAAUAAAACGGAUGUUACACUUAUAAACGGCAAAGAGGACAAUAAAAUGUAAGGGAAAUUAAGUAUAUGUAGUUUCUUAGUUUCUAGAAUGAUGUUGUUACAUGUUGUCUGUAAAGCAAUCAAUGGUCACUUUCUUAGUAUGAGGUUGCCAUCCAAAGGAUUGCACUAGCUGAGGCAAAUCUCUUGGCCCUUACUGAGUGUAUUUAUGAAUUUACCAUGGUGUUUGCGUUGUCUGUGGCACCUAAACAAAUGUAUCGUAGGAUUUUAGAGAGAGGAAGAGAAAUGGAAUGAAAUUGAGUGAAUGUUGUUUUUGGUGUGGAAAAGCAUUCCCUUUUUAUACUUUUCAGUUUGUUGAGUGAAAACUGUUCAGAUUGUUCAGAAAGAGAUGUUGCCAGAAAUGUUGCACAUACAGUAUGAAGGUGGGUUAGUUCCUGGGUAAGUUGACUUUCCAAUUUGGGCAUGGAAAAUGUGUGGCAAUUAUAGAAACUAUAAUAUAUGAUAAUCAAAAAAGUGUUUUCUCACAGCACUUGAACAAAGGUUUUCAUAUUCUACGUGUCCCCUGCUGACCCAACUCUGAUGAUAUAUGUUUGUCAUUGAUUGAUCCUUUACUUUACAAAAUAAACCCUUUGAGCUAAUUUCUCAAACAAAGAUUAGGCUUUGUCUACAACUACACCACUUCAGUGGAGCAACUCCAUGUUUUUGUUUAGCACUUGGCAUCUGUGUCUUCAAAGCUAGUCCAAAGUCUUAGUUAUCUUUGGUGUACAUGUACCAUGUGUAAGAGGUUGUAAACUAUGUUAGCAGAAUGCUAAAUUAAUACAAUACAAGGACAAUAGUGUCUAGAGGUGCUAAUAACAUUAGCUGUAUUUUCUGUAUUGAUUCGUGUUUUUUGUCUGUAACACAGGAGAGCAUAAUGGAAUCAUUUCAUUAUCAAACAAUAAAUAUAUAUUAUUCCAA